AUGAGGCCGUCGAGUUCUCAAGAAGUUCCUGUCGACGAGCAAGAGCAAACCGGAAGAGCCCCGGUGCUUUACAGAAGGGCCACAGUCUGGGGACGAAUCACCCCGGACGACACCCACGGCCAUGGAUGCGCGCUGGUGUGGGCUGGCCUGCUCCCCAUCAUCGGCGAGUUCUUCUACGAGUGUCAGGUCACAGCCAUCCCCGAGAAUGGCAGUCACACCGAUGGCGAGACUCAGCUCGGCAGGUGGUAUGCGACGAGGGAAUCAGUGACGAGAUUCCAGACGGAGAUGGUGAGCAACAAGAGGUACGAGGUCAGGGUCUCGAGGUUCGGCCAAAAAAAGGGCCUGAGCGCCCACAUGACCUCGGGCCGGUUUGACUUCAUCCCACUCAGCGAGAGCAUGGCAGUCGCUAUCAGGCACCUUCUGCUGUAUCUGGGCUCGGGGAGGGACAAACGCUCCUCGUACCGCAUCUACCACGACUACCUCAGUCGUGCCAGUGAAGGCGGUAUCCGCAAAUAUUCAACUCUGUUCGGAAUGGCCCGAUUCCCCUGGUCGCCCGAGCCGCACACGGCUACGACAGCGAGGAUGAUCAACCUGGCGUUUGACGACGCAUAUCCGGCGCCCGACUUGGACUGGGGCUCCGCCAGCUGGCGUCAUUUCUGUGACAGCCCGUUGAAGGACACUUGGGAGGAGGUCAGGAUGCGACACUUCCAGUACGAAACAUACAAGGCAGAAGAGCGGAGGCGACGCAGGCCACGAGAUCUGCCGCCUUCAGACACGCCGCCCGGGAGCCCUCCUGCACCAUCUCCACGACCAUCGAUACCACCGGCAUCAAUACCAUCAGCCGAUGCUGGAUCUCAGUUGGUGACUCCUGCAACCGCAACCUUACCCUCAAGUGCGGCACACCAAGGCCCUUCCCCUGCCAAUCGGGACCAGGCCAACGGCAGCUCUCCUGCAGACGGCCUCUCUCGCGGUAGCGGUGGGCUCUCCGGCGGCCCUUUUGCGGGACCUGGGCGCCUCUCAUCUGGUGUCAGUCCACCCGGAAUGCUUCUCCCUUCUCACGGAGGCGACGGCUUCCUUAUUGGGGGCCAGACAACGUCUGAGGGACAGUAUACAAUUGAGCAGGCAGGUUCUUCUACAGCAGUGGUCAGGACCCCGAUAGGCACGGGCCAAGGUGGCCGGGGAACAUCGAUGUAUUAUACCCCGCCAGCGGUGUAUGGCCAAGACGAACAGUCGAGAGCGCCCGGAGGAUGGGGGUGGACUGGGCACUGA